AUGGACGAUGAUUCGAGUGAUGAAUUAAGUGUCAACGACAAGUUGAGGCAAUUGACAGAUGAAAAUAGUCGAUUGUAUAAAUUGUUAGCUGAAAAAGAUUUAGAAAUCAAACGAAUUCAAAAUAAAUUUGAGAAUGAAAAAACCUUAUCAAGCAUUAAUUUAAACAGCGGAGACGCUGCUGCCAUGAAAAUAAUUGAACUAUCGAAAAAAAUAAGAGAACAGACAUCUGAAAUAGAAGUGGAAAGAAAUAAAGUGAGACAGCUACAAAAGAAAUGUAGUGAACACGAAAGACAGAUGCAAUCAAACAAAAAAGAAUUUUUAAGCCCUGAAAUUGAAAAAACUGAACUCGAACUGAAAGUAAAUGUCUACCUCAAAUUCAACUUCAACUUUUAA